CACGCCCACACGGCUCCCGGAGGGCUGCAGGCUGCUCCUCCACUCUUCCUCCUCUUCCUCCUCCUGCUUGGAGGCAUGCAGCAUCCAGCCACGUUUGGCGGCCAUGGCGGGAAUGUGCUGGAAGGACAGCAGUGACCCUUUUUAACAUUUUGCAGGACCGAUCGAGUCAUCCUGUGCGGAGACUUGGACUAAAUGCCUCCCGUUGAGAAAAGGCUCCGGACGUCCAGUGCUGUGAAUGUGUUCAAGCAGCCGAGAGCCUGGUUAAGAUGGGUAAUAAACAAACGAUCUUUACCGACGAGCAGCUGGAUGCCUACCAGGACUGUACAUUUUUUACCCGGAAGGAAAUUCUGCGGCUGCACGGCAGAUAUCAUGAGCUGGCUCCACACCUGGUGCCGAUGGACUACACCAACGAGCCCGACUGUAAAUUACCGUUAGCCUUGAUAGUCAACAUGCCAGAAUUAAAGGAAAAUCCAUUUCGCAACAGGAUUGUGGAGUCCUUCUCGGAGGAUGGGCAGGGAAACCUCAGCUUCAAUGAAUUUGUAGACAUGUUUUCAGUCCUCAGUGAAAUGGCUCCCAGAGAACUCAAGGCCAUAUAUGCCUUCAAAAUCUAUGAUUUCAAUGUGGAUAAUUACCUGUGCAAAGAGGACCUGGAAAAGACUCUGAACAAGCUGACAAAGGAGGAGCUGACUCCGGAAGAGGUGGAGCUGGUGUGUGAGAAAGCCAUCGAGGAGGCGGAUUUGGAUGGAGACAAUAAACUCUCCUUUGCUGAUUUUGAAAAUAUGAUCUCAAGGGCUCCAGACUUUUUAAGUACCUUCCACAUCCGGAUCUGAGAGGGCUGAGAGGACAGCCUCUCAUGUUGACGUCGUGCUGACAUUAAGGACUCAGUAUGACUCAUUCCGCGGCCGCAGCACCGUCCCCGACUCCCACUCGCAUCUUCAAGUCACCCAUCAGUCCUGUCUGGCCUCCGCUUCAGCUGUCCGUUCGUCCCUGAAUUCCCGGCACCCUGGAUUUCACCAAUGAGGAUUUAAACUGUUUUUCUUUCACUACCUAUGAAAGGGCUUGACCUGCGAUGGAAAAAUGGCGACUCUUUCCACAUUUUAAGGGUGAAAAAUGGUUAAUGACACAGGUUGGUCGAACCAGACUGGAUCAUUGCCUACUGAGCACAUUUAACAAUGCAUAAAAAAGCUUAUCUACCUAUAUUGCACAUGAGAUAACUCCCAGUGAAGUCUUCCUACACUAUUCAGUAUUUAUAAGACUGUGGAAAAAAAAAAAAAAAAGUCUGAAAUGAAUGAGAGUGCAGCACUGGCAUCAAGGGCAUACAAAUA